AUGACCGCACACGCAAACAUACACACACAGUGCCAUUCAUCCACAAGCCCCUGCCGUAAGAUUGUCUACCUUUGUCAGGUCGCGGGUGCUUCGGUGUCGGAGGGCGAGUUGCUGCUGCUCCCUUUGGACGAGGAUCCAAGUGCCUUUGCCUUGGCCGCAUGGGUCGAAACCGAGGUCCGGCGACAGGAUGGUGCUGUUCUCGCCGCGCUUUCUGGAGAGCUCGUUAGACCUGCGACUGCGACAGACACGAAAAAGCCCAAAGGAUUCUUUUCAAAGGUCGGUGACCCAGAAGUCCGCCGCACUGUCGUGCGCCAUGUAGCCGGCAUGCACCCAGAAAGCAGGGCCGACAGCCCUGCAGCCAGUCCAGAUGUCCGCCAGUUUCUGCAAGGCGUCAUCCACCGACGGUCCUCGUCCUGGAGCCGGCCUGGCUUGAUUGAGGCUCUCGCUUUGGUCUGUCAGGACUACUUCGCGCACCGGGGUAGUAUGGUCGUCCGGGCCGGAGACGCCCUCCCAGGAGUGCUAAUCAUCGCCAAGGGCUCUCUGCGCGUGGAGGCCCUGGGCGACGUUGUUGAAGGCAAAGGAUCCGAAAGGAUCCCUGUGGGACAGCUCGGAGAGGGCGACUCCCUCGGAACGUUGGGCUUCCUCCGCAAGGAGCUGUCAAAGUUCUCCUUCCAGGUGACCUCGAGAUACCUGCGUGGCUUCCUUCUCCCCUCAGCAGCGGUGAGCCCAAAGUUGGUUUCUCUGCUGAACGCAGUCUUCCUCCCCGAGGAGCUGGAAGACGAUGAGAGGUUUCAGAUGACUUUCUUGGAGGACCUGGCUCGGAGAGUGGCCCUGGCAGAGGAGGAUCGGCUGAUACCCUCCGACGUAGGGAUACGUGAACGUUACCUCAUCCCACCGCAUCUUCAGAUGAGAUGCCUUCCCGACCUGGUGGAACAGGCGGCGCGACGGCGCUCUCCGCCGCCCGCAAGGGUGGAGAAGAAGCUUCAGGAGGUUCAACGCGAGAAGCGACAGCAGCUUCAACGCGAGAAGAGGGAGCGGCAGCACCAGAGUCAAGAUGAGGAGACCGUGCCCCUUCGGGCGGAAGCAUCUCUGUCGGCUGCUGCACUGCGCGAGGGCUCCUUCAAGUACAGCCUCCCAUCGCUCAUUGAGCUUGGUGAGGAAGCGGAAAGGCUCUACAGAAAAGGUCGACCACGGCGUGAAAGACAGGAGCAGCCCUGGUUCGGCCGGAAGGGUGCGGUUUUCAUUCCCAAGUCUGCUGCUGAUCCCAACGACUGGCGAUGCAGCAAAGCCUUCCAUUUCUGCAGAAAUAUGCCGGUGUGGCAGCCUGGGAAGUUGGAAGAUUGGGAGAUUAUUGUGCCGACCGACGAGCAAGUUGCUGACUUUGACGCAAUACAAGAACUUUGCGGAGAAGAGGUGAGCGCGGAAAGCUUCGAAAAGGGCCUGCGCAAUCGAAUGUCACGAAUCGGCACUGUACUCAAGCAGGCUCAGAACGCGAUGAGCUCCGGCGUUCGGCAGUUGUACGGCCAGAAAGUUUCUGAUGCGGAGAGCUUGGCAAAGGCGAUGGACGGCAGCGGAUGUGGCGUCGUGGAUGCUUGGCAAGUCGUCGAUGCCUUGACGCGCCUGCGAAUAGCUGCGCCUAGCGAUCACUUCGAGGAGUUGGUCAAUGUCGUGGAGAGGGACGCUGCAGGGAGGAUUCCUGUGGAUACAUUGAAGCAAGCCUUCAUCGCACCCAAGCAGUAUGUCAAUUCGUUGGCUACCCGCUAUCGAGAGCGCUUUGCACAGGUAUCCGAGUUGAGGCGAAGUUCCUCGGCCUCGGCCUAUCCCCGGAUGCGGACCAACACUGCCGAGGUAUCUGUGAGGAGCUCGCAGCCAAUUACAUCUGAAUCUGACAGUGGCACAGACAUUGCAGAGGACAGCGAGGAGGAAGUGAUGUCACAGGGCCCUGCCUUGGAAGCUUCCAAGUCGGUCUGCCUUGUGCCGUGUGCUGCCACAACCAUGCGGAUACCGUUGCCGUUGCAGCCGAUUGAGCUAAAUGCCAGAGCUUGCAAGCCGUUCCGACCGCGAAGUGCGAAUGGUUGCCAUCGCUCCCGAAACCGCACCGACACGACAUCUGCAAGCCUCAGUGCUUACCAGAAGGGCCACGCCUCGACUUUGGAGGGGGAACUUCGGCGGCCGCAUACGGCUCCACGCGGGGGCCAGGGCGUGGAUCUGGUGCAUCUCCGACAGGAAUGGCACCAGGCUCAGCAGAAGACACCCGCACGUCCUCCUUGGAGUGCGCGGCGGUGA